AUGUCGGUGUGUCGCAUCACACCUUCCUGGGACGAGCUAGUGGACCACAACUGGCGGGCGACCGAUCAAACUGUAGACGGGAAACACAGCCAGAUUCAGAGAUUGCAACGAGUUCCUCCAACAUUGAGAAAUAAUAAUGCCAUCUUCGCAUCUUCCUCAGCAGUAGAAACUCGUCAAUCGUCAACCUACCCUCCAGUUUACAAUGCUCUUCCUCCUCCCUUGCACGCAGCCAAGAUACCAAGCCGGCCACCUCACCACAAACGCCGAAAAGUUACGACCCCAGUCGAGGAGAUCGCUGGCUGA